AUGUCGAUGUCUUUGGCACCGCAUCCUGUAGGCAUCAAGUUCUGGACCUCCAUCUGGAGGGCAAACAAGGACCUUCCGUACCCCGAGAUCCACGCCAAAUUCCAGAAUUGGUAUGGGCACGCGUUCCACCGCCAGUUCGGCAGGUACUUCUACGCCCACCGCGCCGGGAAGAUGGGGGCGUGGGCGCCUUUAGUGAUGUUCGGCGUGGGCUUCAAGAUCGUCACGAUGUACUACGGAACCUUGCGGGACACCAACGCUGCGUCGGAUGCUGCGCUUGCAUAUGGCCAGAGUGGCUACAAGACGAACCCGGUCCCGAAGUGA